AUGGGGAAAGGAGGCGGAUGCGUUCCGAGCAAGAAGAAGAAACCAUCCUCUCUCGCCACCACCGGAGACGAUCACGCAACCGAGUACGAAGACGCCGUCAACGCUCCUCUCCCAACCGACGACGAUCAAACACCGACGGCGGCGGCGAUCACAGGCACCGCAACCAUCUCUCCGCCGCCGCCGCUGAAGAUCUUCAUCGUGUUCUACUCGAUGUACGGACACGUGGAGAGCUUAGCGAAGAGGAUGAAGAAGGGAGUGGAGGGAGUGGAAGGAGUGGAGGCGAGGCUGUACAGAGUGCCGGAGACGCUCUCGGAGGAGGUCGUUGAGAUGAUGAAGGCGCCGGCUAAGGAUUUGGAGAUGGUUCCGGAGAUAACGGCGGGGGAGUUGGAGGAGGCGGAUGGGUUUUUGUUUGGGUUUCCGACGAGGUAUGGGUGUAUGGCUGCGCAGAUGAAAGCUUUCUUUGACUCUACGGGAGGGUUGUGGAAGGAGCAGAGAUUGGCGGGGAAGCCUGCUGGGUUUUUUGUGAGUACGGGGACUCAAGGAGGUGGACAGGAGACUACUGCAUGGACAGCAAUCACACAGCUGGUGCACCACGGGAUGCUAUUCGUCCCCAUAGGCUACACAUUUGGAGCAGGAAUGUUCAAGAUGGACUCUAUCCGUGGAGGUUCACCUUAUGGAGCGGGUGUGUUCGCUGGUGAUGGGUCAAGAGAAGCAACAGAGACAGAACUAGCUCUCGCUGAACAUCAAGGAAACUACAUGGCUACAAUAGUCAAGAGACUUUCACAACCUUAA